AUGCCCAAACUACCUGAACUGGCUCCUUUCACCACAAGGGAGCAGCGGCUCUACUCUGAGCUCCUCACGGAUGGUGUGUCCUCCCUGAAGCACAGCAGCAGCUAUGAAAUCCUGCCACCUCACAUGUCUGAGCUGAGGGUUGUUCUGCUGGGGAACAGCUGGUCUGAGAGGAGUUCAGUGGGGAACAUCCUACUGGGAGAGACUAAGUUCAACACUGAGGAAGAACCAGACCGCUGUCUGAGAGAAAGAGGACGGUUAAAGGAGAAAGAAAUAGUUCUCAUCAACACCCCAGAUCUGCUGCAUCCCAACAUCUCUCAACACAAACUGACAGAACAUGUGACAAACUGUGUGAGACUCUCUGAUCCUGGACCUCAUGUGUUCCUGCUGGUUCUACAGCCUGAAGACUUCACUGAGAAACACAAACUGAGGCUCUGCAGAGUCCUGAAACUCUUCAGUGAUCGAUCAUUUGAUCAUUCACUGGUUCUGAUAUCAACACCCAGAGUGGAGGUUCCAGGUUUGAUGGACAAAUACAUGGAACAGCCUCCAUUAAAAGACCUGAUCAGAAAAUGUCGAUACAGAUACCUGAAGCAGAAGAACCUCGACCUCACAGAACUGUUAACACAAUUGGAUAAAACUGUAAAAGAGAAUAAUGGAGAUCAUGUCAGUUGUGAAGUGUUUGAGGAUGCAGGUUCAAUCAUCAGACCAAAGUCUGAACACUUCAAACCAGCUUUAAACCUGGUUCUGUGUGGGAGGAGAGGAGCAGGGAAGACUUCAGCAGCCAAGGCCAUUUUAGCUCAGACAGAGUUUCAUUCAUACUCCGUCUCAUCAGAGUGUGUUAAACAUCAGGGAGAGGUGUGUGGACGUUGGGUUUCCCUGGUGGAGCUGCCUGCCUUGUAUGGAAAACCUCAGGAGGCAGUGAUGGAGGAAUCACUCAGGUGUAUCUCCCUCUGUGAUCCUGAGGGCGUCCAUGUCUUCAUCCUGGUCCUACCUGUGGGUCCCCUCACUGAUGAAGACAAGGGAGAGUUAAAGACCAUCCAGAACACAUUCAGCUCUCGAGUCGAUGACUUCACCAUGAUUCUGUUCACUGUGGAGUCAGAUCCUGCAGCUCCAGCUGUUGUUAACUUUGUAAAGGAAAACAAGGACAUCCAGGAGCUCCGUCAGAGCUGUGGAGGAAGAGAUGUUGUUCUCAACAUCAAGGACAAGCAGCAGAUCCCAGAGCUGCUGGACAUGGUGGAAAACAUGAGACAAUCUGAAAAUAAACCAUCCUGCUAUACAGCUGUAACAUUUGCACGUGCACAAAUGGAAAAGGUCAUACAACAAGAGAGGAUAAUAAAGAAGAACAAGAUCACUUGUGAUGAUGAGGAGCAGAGCCCAGAGAGUCUCAGGAUUGUGCUGAUAGGGAACACUGGAAGUGGAAAGAGCUCUACAGGAAACACCAUUCUAGGAAGAGACGAGUUCAAAGCUGAAUCAAGUCAAACAUCAGUCACCAAACUUUGUCAGAAAGCACAGAGUAAAGUGGACGGUCGUCCGGUCGUUGUGGUCGACACUCCUGGUCUGUUUGACACAACUUUGUCCCAUGAAGAGGUUCAUGAGGAGAUGGUGAAAUGCAUCAGUCUUCUGGCUCCAGGACCACAUGUCUUCCUGUUGGUGUUACAGAUCGGGAGACUCACACCAGAGGAGAAGGAGACAUUAAAACUCAUCAAGGAAGGCUUUGGGAAAAAUGCUGAAAAGUUCACCAUCAUUCUUUUAACUGGAGGAGAUAAACUGGAGGAUGAGAAAGUUUCCAUUGAAGAAUACAUUGAACAUAAAUGUGAUGCUUCCUUUAAGAAGCUGAUCUCUGACUGUGGAGGAAGAUACCAUGUGUUUAAUAACUAUGAUGAACAAAACCGCACACAAGUCAGUGAGCUGAUAACCAAGAUUGACACCAUGGUGAAGGAAAAUGGAGGCAGCUGCUACACCAAUGAGAUGCUGCAAGAGGCCGAGGCAGCUAUAAAGAAAGAAAUGGAGAGAAUCCUGAAGGAGAAGGAAGAAGAGAUGAAGAGAGAGAGGGAGGAGCUUCAAAGAAAACAUGAGGAGGAAAUGCAAGAGAUGAAAAGAAGAAUGAAAGAACAGAGAGCAGAAACUGAAAAGGAGAGAAAACUGAGAGAAAAACAACUUAAAGAAAAGGAGGAGAAGAUAAAGAAGGAACAUGAGGAGAGAAAGAAAGAACAGGAAAUGAGAGAAGAAGAAGACAAGAAGAGAAAAGAACAGGAAGAAGGUCAACAACAGGAGUGGAAACAAAAGGUUGAAGCUUUGGAGCAAAAAAUAAGAUCAGAGUCAGAAUCAAAGGAAACCAUUGACAGACAGCUGAAGGAGAGCAGAGAAGAGAUGAGAAAAGAACGAGAGAACUGGGAGAAAACACAAAGAGAAUGGCGGGAAAAACGAAAACAAGAAGACGAACAGAGACGACAGGAGGAACAAAGAAGACUUAGAAAGCUUCAAGAAGAAUACGAACAGGAAAGGGAAAAUUAUGAAAAGAAAAGAAAGGAAGAGGACAGAAUCAGAAGAGAACAAGAGGAAAAAGAGAAAAAAGACAUUGAGGAGAAACAGAAGAAGAAAAUGGAGAAUCUGAAGAAGACGUGUGAAGAGGAGGCCAGACAGAAAGCUGAAGGGUUGAAUGAAUUCAAAGAGAAAUACAAGAAGGAGUUUGCAGCUCAGAAGAAACAGCAUGAAGAAAUAAUGACAGAAAAAGAUAAACAAUAUGACAUCUUAAAGGCAUUUUUAGCCCGCAAUGAAGAACAACUAAAGAAAAAAUAUCAAGCUUUUGCCUAA